GUGUAAAGAACACUGGCAGUGAUUGGAAAAUAACAUGUGAAAGUAAAAGGACAAUGAGGAAACAUAUCUUAGAACAUAUCUUGGUAAAUGACUGGUAAAGAUGCAGCAGUUGUUGCCUUGCUAAGCGUGGGUCUGGCAUCAUACGACAACCAGGACAUUGUCUUAGACCAGUUAUACGGAACCUUUUAUGAGGACAUAUAUCGGACAAAGGACUAGAAAGGAAUCGGUGAAGACAUCUGGAAGACUGAUAUGUACAACUGCUUGUUUCUCACACUGUCACUGGCCGUCCUAUCCACUCUCCAAGGUAAUAAUGCAGAGGAAUGUGUGACUUCAGUCUUGGCAAAGAGACUUUCAGUUAAAGUACCAGAGGGGGGCAGUCUUUCUCUCUCCUGUAUUGUUCAACACUGUGGGAAUGGUGGCUGGACAGGGGGGUGGGGCCUGUCCACUGGGGGGCAGUUCCUUCUUGUUUGUCCCUCUCCAAGGCAUCAUCUCUCCAACUCCACAUUGACAACCAAUAGAACCCACCUGCACAUGGACAUCCUCAACGUCAACCAAUCAGAUUGUGGAAUGUACCAGUGCCAGAUCACCUGGUUUGAUGGGCAAAUCAGUGUUGGACAUAUGACAUCUGUGAACAUCACUGCUGUGUUUUUCUGUAGCCCCACAACCAGGCCCUCCGGAGAGGAAGUUGUACUACAGGGUGGCAGUGUAUUUCAGCGCCUGUCUGGUUAUUACCCUGGCUCUGGUUCUUGCGUGCAAUAUCAGGCCAAAGGUCCCAUCUCAGCACCGGCUACAGCCCCCACCAGUACCACCACGCUCCCAGAGUGUACGUAUGGCCCAACCCGCCAUGCCCCAGCCUGUACCAAAGACAGAGUUGGUCUAUGCAGCCAUUUCUAAGGACAGGCUUGGACAGCAGAAUCCUAAUCUUCAACGACAAACUGAGCCACCCAUAAUCUACUCCUCCCUCCGCUUCACCUGACACUGUUGAAUGUAGAAUGGACAGAGUAUGUCCAGUCAGGCUUUUACUGUGUGGCAACCUUAAUCAAACUAUUCUUUUAGCUCAACAAAAGCAAAUACAAUGCAGUAAAAAGGAAACACUUUCUGAA